GAUCACAAUGACUAAUUUGUCACCAAAUAAGUUUUUUCCUUGUGUAAAAUGUCCUGUAAUCUCCUCAAAUGUGUGCUGUGAUGGAUAAUCUGCAGUAUCAGGACUCAUUAUUCACUGUUGUGCCACCUUUACACCGAGCUCAUUACUGACUGCCCAGUAUAACCUCAAACCACACCCAGCUCAUACAACUUCCCAAUAUAUAUGAACUUAAUUAUAACCACAUCCAGCUCAUACAAUUGCCCAAUAUAGCCUUAUUAUAUCCACACCCAGCUCAUAACCGGCCUGCUAUAUCUCCUUAUAACCACCCCCAGCCCAUGCCCAUUCUAGCCAACCUGCUUGACUUCCUCUCUCUACAGCCUGGACAGGAAGUCAGAACACCUCGGGAGGUGAGGCUAAUGGGCCUUGUGAAUGAGAACACGGGUCAUCCUAACAUCCUGCGGCUCUACGAGUGGUUCGAUGCCCCAGACUGCUAUGUGAUGGUUCUAGAGCGGCCUGACCCCUGUAAGGACCUGGUGGACUUCUGCUACACCCAGAACAAAAAAGUGAUGGAUGAACAGCAGGCCCGGGCAGUGAUAGACCAGCUGCUUUACGCCCUCCUGCACUGCCAGCAUGCAGGAGUGUUCCAUCGGGAUGUGAAACCAACCAACAUCCUGAUAAACACGGAGACCCUGCGUGUCAUCCUCAUUGAUUUUGGGUGUGGAACUUCCUGGAAGGACACGCCUUUCAGUUCCUUCGCAGGCACCACUGACUUCUCACCUCCAGAGUGGUUUGAGGAGGGGCUGUACCAGGCUGGGCCCUUCACAGUGUGGUCCCUCGGGGUCACAGUGUUUGCCAUCGUUUGUGGCUACCUGCCAUUUAACCCGGACGAUGGCCAUGAGAGCAUGAGCAGAGUCCACUUCCCUACAGGGCUGUCCUCAGAAAUCAAGGACUUCAUGAGCAGGUGUUUGGCACCAGAGGUGAACGAACGAGUGACGCUAGAAGAGCUCCAGCGUCACCCGUGGCUCCACCCCACCUGCUUACAACAAGUGGGAUUCAGGAAGAGGAAGAUGAGGAGGGAGGAAGAUGGAGAGCAGAAAAGGAGCUCCUCUGACUCUCUCAUUCCCGCAAAGUGCCUCCGGAAAGAUCAAGAUGAAUGGCUUCAGCUUCUGGCAUCACCUACUCCAGGAGGAGAAGGCCAAGGCCAUGAAGGAAAGGGGCUGAGUGAACAUGGUCCCCAGGCCCCCGUACUCAGCCUUGGCCAUGAGCAGCAACGAGCACGCUGCUCGCCUCGGAAGCUGGAGCCCACAGAGGAUGACCAUCUGAGCCACGGCCAAAGCAGUGAGCAGUUCCUAUCCGCCUGCUCCUCUUUGCGGUCGUAUUACAGCUGUCAAUCCACAGAGUUUUGGAAUGUUUUGUUUUUUUAA